ACCUCAGAGCGCUGUAGGAGGAAGAAGCCGGUAGUCGUCUGCAAUCUUAUCGGAAAUCAGUCUCCCGACAUCGAGUUUCGAACCUCCAGCGGAAGUGGGUCCCCUCGUUUCCGGUCUGGCUUCCCUCCCGCCGUGGGAGGGGAGGGAGCGAGAAGAAGAGAGAAGGAGGCGUUCUUGCGUCCUCCUUACUUUUUGCUUUCGUUUAUUUAUUUAUUUAUUUUAAGGGACAUUCGCCCUUUUUUCAUCCGGAAAUUCGAGGGAGUGGGUUUCCCGCUUCACCAUCAGGAAUUGCCGUGUCCUCGCUUCCAGUCCUCUCUCUCUUCUUACCUCGCACCCUCCUCCUCCUCCUCCUCCUCCUCCUCUUCUCUCUCUUUCUCUCUUUUUCCCCUCUUUUCCUACCUCCCACCUUCUCCCCCGAGAAAGCUGCCCUCCCAAAAUGGCGCCUUUGGACUUGGACAAGUAUGUGGAGAUUGCGCGGCUUUGCAAGUACCUGCCCGAGAACGAUCUCAAGGUAAGAGGAGAUGGGGAGGCUGGGUCUUAGGAGGGGCAGGGGGCGAGUGGGGACCCCUUCCCCCCUCUCUUUCCGCGUAGGGCUCUACUUGAGCUUCCGCUUUCACGGAAGCCGCCCCAGCGCGUAGCGGCAACACGGGCACCCGCUGAAACGCUUUAAUCAGUGGUCCCACAAUUAGCUAAUUACUGGGCACCCCUAUUUUUAAAAAGCCAAGCCAUGGACCCCCUACUUUUGAAUCCCUAAUAAGCAAAUCAUUUUAGGUAUACUUAAAAAUAACCGUAAAAUUUGUAAUAUUACAACAAAAAAUGGCAAAGACUUAGUUGUGGGGGGGGUGAGACAAAUUUAAUUUUAUUCAUGUAUAGUACAAGUAAACAAAUUAUGACAUGUCUAGCAGCUACUAAACCUUAAUUUUAUUUAUUUAUUUGUUUGCUUGCUUGCUUCCUUGCCGUUCAUCUGGCUUGGUUGCCCCAGCCACUUGGGGCGGCUCCCAACAAAACACUAAACCUAAAUGUGAUGGGAGAAAUCAUGUCUCUCUUGGCCCCCCCAAAUUUCCUUCCACGUUCAGUUCAAUAUUGCCUACUUUUAUUCUCAAAUCUGGUUCAACAUCAAGCCAAUUUCUAGAUAUUUCAAAGCUUUUUCAACUAACUUCUUAUAAUUAGCAAAAACCUUCACCCAGAAUUGGUCCAGUAUACAUUCUUUGAAAAAUGAUUGUAAUGAAUCAUCACUAGUCACGUCAACAAGUGCAUCUUGCUCUUCUGCUGAUACAGCCUAGGACUUGCCGAUCAGAAGGUCGGUGGUUCAAAUCCCCACUAUGGGGUGAGCUCCCAUUGCUCGGUCCCUACUCCUGCCAACCUAGCAGUUCGAAAGCACGUCAAAGUGCAAGUAGAUAUAUAGAUACCGCUCCAGCACGAAGGUAAAUGGCGUUUCUGUGCGCUGCUCUGGUUCGCCAGAAGCAGCUUAGUCAUGCUGGCCACAUGAUCUGGAAGCUGUACACUGGCUCCCUCUGCCAGAUGAGCGCCGCAACCCCAGAGUUGGCCACGACUGGACCUAAUGGUCAGGGGUCCCUUUACCUAUACUUGUAAUGCCUAAUAAAGAUUUGGCGAAGAAGAAGUAGGUGUACAUCACUUUCAAAAGGAUUCUAUAGCCAUGAGUUUUCAGGAUUUGAUACAGAGAAGUAAUCUCUGAAGCUAGUCACUAAAUCAUGCAGGUGCUCAGUGGUGUAAUAUUUACUUCUGGUAUCAAUUUUUCGUCGGUAGCCUCCAGAAAUGUCUCCAGUGUUGGAAUAUUAGUGAGGCUACCAUCUUCUCAGCUUACCCAUAACCAUAAUUUUUAAAUCAUUGCCUCAAUCUUAUCUUCAACGUAAAAAAUAUUCACAUCACUACCUUGGAAGCUUGUGUUGAGAGUGUUUACGUGAAACCGUCUGCUAAGUAGUCUACCAUACACAACUGCGCAAAGUUGUUAAACUGAUCACAUGGAAAUUUUGAGUCCGUCAGAAAAAGUCAUACUGCAUCACGUAAUUCAAAGAAUCGCUGUAAGUCUGGACCCUUCAAAUGAGAGUCUGUUUUAUAUAAUCAGACAUAUCAUAUUUGCUUCAUUUCACAGUGUUGUUCAAAAGAGGUACAGUGGUACCUCGGUUUAAGAACAGUCCUGUUUACGAACAAUUCGGUUUACAAAACUCCGCAAAACCAGAAGUAGUGUCCCGGUUUGCAAACUUUACCUCGGUCUAAGAAUGGAAACUGAAUGGUGGAAGGGCACCGGUGGCGGGAGGCCUCAUUAGGGAAAGCGCGCCUCUGUUUAAGAACGGUUUUGGUUUAAGAACAGACUUCCGGAACGGAUUAAGUUUGUAAACUGAGAUACCACUGUACUGUGUUGAUUUCCUUAGCUGCAGACUCACCAAGUACUCAUUUGCAUAUAGCUGGCCCUAUAGUAUGAGCCUUUCCUGCUUUGGCAAUGAUUCUUGUCAUAUCAAGAAGCUAAGGUUGAUUCUCCUGAGUGGUCACACCAGAGUUUUUCCUAUGGCUUUUUGCCCCUUCUUCAACUGCAAGUUUGAUCUUGAAAAAAUCUAUUGGUUUGUUUUUUGUAGUGGUUAUGUUUUGUCUCCAAAUGGCAUUGAAGCGUAGCAGGCGUCAUAGUUUCAUUAGCCAGAAGAUCGUCAUCAUUGUACUUAUGGAUUUUUGUUUUUUUCUGUGAUUGAGAUAUGAGAUAUAACACUAGUAGACGCGCUGACACUAAGCAUACUAGGAAGUAUCCACAGAAUUAACAGUACUAAUGGGUGGCACCACCUGAGAGUCUUUUGUUUCCUGCUCUGUAGUACUCCUUGGUCUUUUCAAAGAUCCCAUCUUUUAUCAUGAAUUUGUUUUUUACUGGUUGUUUUUCUGUAAAAAAUUACACAAAACAUAUUGUUACAAAAGCUGGGUGCCACCCGCUCUCUGCUGAGCCAGCCUUCCCAAGAUGGCUCUUUCUUCCCAGAAUAUCUGUUCCUGUCACCUCAUGCCCAGUUACCCUGGGAACCUUCUGUCUGCCCAGGUCCAAAAUACCUCCUAGAUGGGCCAUCAACACCUUUUGUCUUGUAAAUCCCUCUGUCUCAGGUGAGGCCUUAGUUUGGAAGGAAGCUUAGCUUGUACUUUUCCACUGGCCUCCAAUUUUCCCUUCAGGUAAUCAAAAUUCUACAAUUUAUUAAUUUCUAGGUUUUGAGGGGGGUGUCCCCCAAAUUUAUAACAAGAACUCCAGUAUGUGUUCUAAAGACCAGGAUACUUCAAGCUAUUUGAAGUAAAACUCUAUGUAGACUGCAUUGUAGAAGGCUGCUGUUAUAUUGUAUUUAUUUAUAGAGUCUCCUCAUGGGCUGUUUAGUGUAUAUGACUAAUCAUAGUGACAAUCUGCUUAACUAUUUCCCCUGUUGCACUUCCAAGAUGAGACAUGAAUCCCAAACUCAGAAGGCAAGAUUCACUGAAAUCCUACCUACAAAGUAGUGUUAGAGUCCUCUAAACUUAAUGGUAGUUGAAAGCAAUUAUAAGUUAUUUUCAGUUAAAAAGGGAAGGGAUCCUUUACAUUUUUUAAAAAAAUGAUAAGCAUGUGAACCUACCCCUUGGUUUGCACACACUCUCUCUCCCCCUCCACCCCCUACAAUUGCAGGAGCCCUAAGAAACUGUGUCAAAGGUUUUUGCCCAGUCCCAGUUUACUUGCCAUCUAGCAACAAGUUUUUCCCUGCCAGCAAGGAGAGCAGAACCUGGAUAAUCAAUGAAAGGCUUUCACUGUGCAAUUAGCAAGAUAAGCAAGUCCCUUGGACCUCCUGGGUGCUGUUCCCGGACCCUUAAUUGGGAACUUUAAACUAGUAGGUUGAAUUUGAGUGGGGGUGGGGGUGUUGAGCCUUUUAAUGGUUAGAUCUUUUUUCUUUAUGUAUACCUUUGUUGUUGUGUUGACUUUUCUAAUAUUACUGCUGUUGUCAUCAAAUUGUCUCAAGUGCAUUUAUCUAUGUUACCUUCAAGUUUAGAGUUCCACCUCCAUUCCCGCAAUGGCCCUGUGAGGUAGGCUAGGCAGCAAUUUGACAAUGGGCUCAGAGUUAGACAUGAGUGCAGGAGCCAAAUGGGAACUUAAACCCAGUUCUCCUCAGCUGUUGGCAAAAGCGUGGGUUAUUUUUGGCCCUCCAGAUGAUACUGGACUACAGCUCCCAUCAGCUCAGAGCACUGGAUGUGUGGAUGGCAGGGUGGCAUCCAGGAACCUCUAGAAGGCUAUACAUUCCCCAUCCCCAGCUCUAGCUACCUCUAGCUAUCAAAUUAUGCUUGAGAGGUCAAUUUAUGUUUGAUCUACUGUUAUCUUCCUUUUGCCACCUAUUGAAAUUUGAGAGUUCUGAGAAAAGUAGAUAAAAUCUGGGAUAACUGGCUCUUCUCAGAACAGAAGCCUUUAAUUAACAGGAAAUAAAAUCACAGUUGGAUUAACUGCUGAGAUGUGUGACCUAAUUUCCUAGAGGAAGUAAGAGUUUCCACCAGGUAAACUGGAAUGACAGUUUUGUAGAGGAUUUUUAUUUUAAAACUACAGUUGUCUAGAUGGUUGGACAGUGUUCUCCAAGCUACUAACAUGAGUUUGACCAAACUGAGGGAGGCAGUGGAAGACAGGAGUGCCUGGUGUGCACUGGGCCAUGGGGUCAUGAAGAGUCGGACAUGACUAAACGACAACAACAACAACAACACCACAGUUGUCUAUAGACAGCUGCUUAAAGUUCCUGUGGGUUAGUAACUUCAAUGUACAUGUUUACAAAGCUGACCCUUUCACAAGUUUCUGGUUUGACAUGUUCAUAACCUUGUUAGCUGGCUAUGUGCCAUUGUGAUGACCAUAAUGCAGAGAAAUCUUGUAUUAAUGACCAAAAUGCACUCUCUCUUUGUAGCGCUUGUGUGACUACGUCUGUGACCUUCUUCUAGAAGAAUCUAAUGUGCAGCCAGUGUCUACACCAGUUACAGUCUGCGGUGACAUACAUGGACAGGUGGAGUUUAUAUGGAUUGUUCCUUUGAUGCUAUACCCUCCAAUAAUAAAGGAUUGACACUUGCAAACAAUCUUUUGCAUUGUAAAAGAAUGUGCAAGUAUUCACUAGGGGGACAUGGAAACAGCAAUACAACAUAAUAUCCCUCCCUUUUUUAUACCUUGAAAGAAAAUGUUUUUGUUGUCAUUUGUUCAUAACGAUAAUACUAUACGUUCCACAAAAUUCAGAAGUGACAGUUGGUUGAGUGUACUCAAGAGCAAGGUGUGUUAAUUUUCUGGAAGUAAGCAUGAUCUAUUCAUUUCUUUCCCCCUCCAAACAAGUAAUCCAGCUUGCAGAAUGGGGACUCAGCUGCAUAGCUGCAAAUGAAAUAUUUUAAGUGUGUUGUAAAGACAUUAGAUGGCAAUGGGUGAGCUAUGGCAAAUUCAAUAUAUUUUUCAAAACUUUUUUUUUUAAAUGCAUUUUCACAGCAUUUUUUAUAUGUGUGUAGAUUCCACCUGAGUUGACUCCUUGAAUCAUUUUCUGAAUAACCAAGCUACAUAGUUUCAUUGGUUUUGGUUCUUGGCCUUUAGACUGCAGUUAAUUGAACUGCUUAACAUUAACAGGAGUAUUAUCCCUGAAGCCUCUAAUACAGAAGUAAUUCUGUUCAAAGGUUAUAGAUAUUGUGCCCAGAGGAAGCUUGCAGGAUUAAAUCAAAGGCUUCCUUUAGAUCAGCACUCUUGUAGUAAAACCAAUGGUGCUGCUUAUGAUUGGCAUUGCAAGAUUAAAAAAAUAGAGAAACAGAGUUCUUGCAAUGAUGCCAUGUUACAAAGUUAUGGCAGUAUUUCGUUGUGGGUGGUGCAUUUGCAGUGCUUUAGAAGUGAUAGUCUAGGUGUACUUUGCAAGAACUAAAUGUUGGUCAAGAGGUUGGGCGUGGUAGAGAGAGCAUCACUUAGUGAUGCGUGGAAUACUUAUUUCCUCCCAAUGCACCAUUGAAACCAUAAAACAAAUAUUAACAUUAGUUUUUGAAUAGGAAUAGUUAUCAGGAAUAGUUCAGAUGUUGUCUGCCUUGCACUGAUUCAGCAUCAAACAGUUUAGGUAAACCCCAGGAUCAAGCUAGUAGUAGCAUUUUAGCUGUUUGAAUGUGGGAUUCUAACACUUGAACAUCCCCUAACACACCUAUGUCUGUCCAGUCUGUGCCUUUUCUUCAGAUGCCUUUCAGAGCCACCUGUUUUUUAAAAAACCGAAAGGUCAUAACUUUUGGGGCGUUUAAAGUCAUUUGGGUUUAACACAGAAUGUUUUUUUUAAAAAAAAAAAAUUUUCAGAGUUUCAAAAAAACAAUUUUUUUACACACACACUUGUUACACUUGUUUACAUUAAACCAUAGUCCAUAUCAGUACCUUUAUGGGGUUCCCUGAACCCCCUGAUUUCCCCCCACCCCUCUCUUGGCUUCCAAAAUUUAUCUUCCUUUUUCAACUGCAUCUAAUUACAUUUAUCCAAAUUAUUAUACUGUACUUCAUUUUUACCCUUUGUCAUUUUAAAUUACAAGUGCUAUAUCAAUCCUGCUAGAGUUUUUACAAUUUUUCCAGUGUUCUUUAAUAUACUGUAUUCUAUAAAGUUAUGCCAUUCUUUGUUGAAUUUGUUAUCCUCUUGGUUUAUCACAGAAUGUUAAUGAUACAAGCCUUCCCUCCUUUUGUUUUUGUGUUCCAGUUUUAUGAUUUAUGUGAAUUGUUCAGAACUGGAGGUCAGGUUCCUGACACAAACUAUAUAUUUAUGGUAUGUACAAAUUAAAUUCUAAAAAUAACUAGCAGGUUUUUUAAUGUAGUACAUCCAUGACUUGGUAAAGCAGGGGGUUCUGUGUAUGUUUUAAUUUGGGUCCUGUUUCCUUGCUUGCUGUGUCUUGCCUCUGCUUUUUUCUCUCUUUACCAUCUCAGAAAAUAUAAUCUAAUUAAUGAAGGCUUGGACUGAAGUGCUUGAUUGCUCACGUUCCUGAAAUUUCAAACCUUUGCUCAGCACUGUGCAAAACUGGUAGAAGUAGAAAAUGGUUCAAAUUCUUUUCAGGGCAAUGAGGAAGAGAUUUGUUUCUUUGUGAGGGGGUAUCUUAUUAUUAUUGAUGCAACUUUCAUUAUUGUGGGAAUUCCUACUUUGCAUGAAUCUGUUACUUGGGAUAGGAGAGGUUCUGAAUCUGAACAGAACAUUUGAAAUGUAUUUUAUAUGAGCCAUAGUAGAAGGGCAGAGGUUGUGGUUUUCUGCAAGUACAGUUUUUUUUUAACAGUUGUGCUCCUAGAACUUGUGAGGGGCCAUAGCUCAGUGUUAGAGCACAUGCUUAAUACAUCAAAGGUCCUACAUCAGAAUUAAAAUUUGCUCAUGCCACACAGAUCUUUUUUAUUGAUAAGAAAUAUAUUGGAAAACAAAAAGAAAUAACUCCUAGCAGUGCCGGGUUUAUAACAUAGAACACAACUGCUUUAUAAUAUGAUCACAGGAUAUCCAGAAAGUAUAAAACAAUACAGCUACAUAAGAACAUGAAUCAUUCCCAAAAUAUAAUUAUAAACGAGCCUCGUAGUACCUUAAGUAUGUAUACAAGCUCCUCGGUAUGAGCUUUCUUUUGCUGGGUAAUCUUAUUUAUAUUAGGCCUAAUUUGAGGCACACUCGUCUUAUCAGCAGUGUGGUGUAGUGGUUAAGAGUGUUAGACUGGUAAUCAGGUGUCCGUCUCCGCUCCUCCACAUGCGGUUUCUGGGUGACCUUGGGCUAGUCUCACUUCUUUGGAGUCUCAGUCUCACAGAGUGUUUGUUGUGGAGGAGGAAGGGAAAGGAGAAUGUUAGCGGUUUUGAGACUCCUUCGGGUAGUAAUAACGGGAGAUAUCAAAUCCAAACUCUUCCUCUUCUUAACAGUACAGCGAAUCCUUUCUCUUUUAUGAUCUUUCGUAUUUGUCAGAGUUGAAAAUCCCUGUUCCCAACAAUAUGUCAAGGAGAACUGUAAAAGAAUAGUCAAUACUAUUCUCCAGCACAGUUAUGGAUCUCAGUUAGGAUUGUCCUCAGUAUUACUUGAUGCUCUUGAUUUGAAAAAAUAAAAUAUUUUCAUACUAUACUAUGCUGCACAACAUUGAAAUGUGUAGGUGUUUCUUUGAUUGUCCUUUAGUCUACCUAAAGGUAGACUACACCCUUUGAGAACUACUGUCCUAGAUUCAAUCAUUGUCAUCCCCUGUUAUCAUUCAUUAUUUAAAUUCAUUGCCCACCCUUCACCAGCAGGUCCCAGGACAGCAAGUUAAAAUUCAGAAUUAAAAACAGUUAAAACAGAUUGGGGUCACAGAAAUAGAACAAUUCCAAAAAUGCACAUUUCAGUUGUCAAACACCAAGGUAAAGAAGUGUUCAUCAGUCACUGAAAACUGUAUGGUGAAGAAGCCAAAUGCAUCUCUCUGGCGAAUAGGCCUGGGCGAUUUUGUGAUAGAUAGUUGAAAACCAGUUUAAUAACAACUGGUUCAAAAUAUUUGCCCUGAUGAUAAACCUUAUGAAGCCAAGCCAGAAUGCUAUUGUCUGUUGUUCCGACGGGUCAGCUCUCCCCUGCCUCCUGCAGGGGGCAGCAAACCACAGAGCAGCCGUAGACUGGGAACUUCCUCUGGCGCCACCGCCAUAAAUUUCGCUUCUAGGCAGGCUGGUAGGUGCUGGGAUCGGCAUUCUGCCAUGGGGUUCUUCCGAGUUUAGAAAAUAAAUAAAUAAACCUUGCACCACUUAAGCCUCUUCUUUCCCAAGUUUCCUGCUACAGUGGUACCUCGGGUUACAUACGCUUCAGGUUACAGACUCCGCUAACCCAGAAAUAGUGCUACAGGUUAAGAACUUUGCUUCAGGAUGAGAACAGAAAUCGUGCCCCGGCGGCACGGCAGCAGCAGCAGGCCCCAUUAGCUAAAGUGGUCUUCAGGUUAAGAACAGUUUCAGGUUAAGUACGGACCUCCAGAACGAAUUAAGUACUUAACCUGAGGUACCACUGUAUUUUUCUUUCUCCACACCCCACCUGUGUGUGUCUGCUUUCUCUUUCUCUGUGUGCUUGCAUGUGUCUCCCCCCUUGUUCUGCCUGCCUGCGUGUGUCUUCGAGGUAGCCCCUACGCCCCACAUGAGCUGAAGUGGUAUGGGGGCUUGCUCAUCUGUAGGGCUGGGCAAGGUAUCUCAGCUGCUUCUUCCUUGCCUGAGGUGGGAAGAAGCAGCCAAGAUACAUUUCAGAUAUUAUGAUAUAUUAUUAUAUCGCAGUAUUUAGCUGCUGAUGCAUCACAAUGCUGAAAACCAGAUAUUGCCCAGCCCUAUUGGGGAGGAAAUUCCACAAUUUGGGGGCUGCCCCAGUUAAAAAAAAGGACCUGGUCUACUGACUCCUCUGAAGGGGAUUGCUUGUUUUUAUAAUAUGUAAGCUGUUUUACUAUCCCUCCUUUUCUUUUUUCUUUAAUUGUAUAAUUAUGUGUUGUGCCCUGGGACCUUAAAGGCAAAGUGCAGAUAAACAGUCUUAUAAAUAAAUAAGCAAGCAAGCAAGCAAGCAAGCAAGCAAGCAAGCAUACAUAUACUUCUGGAAGCAGAGGCUAGCAGCCCAGUCCUAUGCAUAUUUAGUCUGAUACAAGUGCCUCAGAGUUCAAGCGCAUGUAACAUUGCAGCCUGAGUGUCUCAUGUCAUGCAGUAUAGUAAAACGUUGUUUACCUUUUCAGGGUGACUUUGUGGACAGAGGCUAUUAUAGCCUUGAGACGUUUACCUAUCUUCUUGCCCUAAAAGCAAAAUGGCCUGAUCGCAUCACACUUUUACGUGGGAAUCAUGAGAGCAGACAGAUAACUCAAGUGUAUGGAUUUUAUGGUAAGUUCUCUUCCUACCCUACCUUCAGUUUCACAGUUAUAAUCAACAUAAGCCCGUGAUGAGUUGGCUUGUCCUCUUAGAAGCUGUAGAACAAGGGUGGUGAAGCCUCUGGCUCAGGGACCAGAUGUGGCCUCCAAGCCUCUCAUGUUUGGACCUUAAGACUCACCCCAGGCCGUCCAGCUCACCUUCCCUGCUUCACAUCCUUAUUGAGCCUUCUUGCCUGUCCUUUAACACUAACAAUAACUCUUGCUUGUCUGGAUGGAGGAUAGAGAGGGGUGUGUUAAUGUGUGCAGAUACUAGCCUCCUGUACAUAAGUAAACAAACAAACAACCUUAAUUGCUCCACCUUCUUUUGCCUCUGAUUCCACCCAUCACUGGCUGUGGCCCCUGCAACUUUGCCAGAUGUGAAUGUGAUCCUUGGGCUGAAAAAGUCCCUGGCCCUUCCUGUAGAGUUUGGAACAUUUUUAGAAGGAUUGUGAACAAGGGGUUUGUUGUUAAAACAAGUAUAAGCUUCUGCUUUAUAAUGUAGGAAGCUGUCCUUAGAACCUUAGAGUGAUGCAUAGUGCUAAGAUCUAGAAAUAGAGAUUCUGUGUUAAUUUUCCUCACAAUAUAUUUUGAAGUGCACCCACCCACCCAAAGAAUCCUGGGAACUGUUGUUUGUUAAGGCUGCUGGGAAUUGCUGUUUGAGGAGUAAACUAUAGUUCCCAGGAUUCUGGAGGGGACACAACGGAAUGAACAGUGCCUUAAAAAUAUGGUGUAAUAUGGACAACUGAUUGGAUCUGUAUCUGCAACUGUGUGUGAAGGAAGAAUAUGGCUAAUGUCUAAUGGAGUAUUGGACUCGAAAUGGAGCAGGUUGUUUGUGGGCACGCUGAGUGAUGCUGGGCAUGCAAUACUAUUUAAUUUACUUUUUGAAAAAGAAAUACCUGUCAAAGUCUCACAAUUGAUGUAAAAAUCAUGUUCAUCUGUUCAUUGAGCAUUUCUUUCUUCAUGAUAGAUUUAAAUGAUUACACAUUUUUUCAAGUAAUUCAAGAAAUGUGAACCAGUUAGGAUAAAACUUUUAAAGUAGUUAAAUCUGUUUUAUAAGGUUGUUGUGAUUAUAAUGAAUUUUGGAUGCAACCCAAAUUAAAUGAGUGAUUAGGUGAACAGAUAAUGCUGGGUUUUCAGUCAACAUGGGAGCUCCUAUCUCCGCUGUUGUUCCUACAACCCGUCUAGUUUAGUCUGAGAAAUUAUAAUCACUAAAACAUUACUCUCUUCACCUCUUUCCCCUGCUUCUUUCUCCAAUAGAUGAAUGCCAAACCAAAUAUGGUAAUGCUAAUGCCUGGAGAUACUGCACCAAAGUUUUUGACAUGCUCACAGUAGCAGCGGUAAGGGUUUCUUUUAAGUGAAUAACAAGUGACUUUCUGUCUCUGUUUCUCUAAUUAUACAUUUACCAAAGGUUUUUUUUUUUAAUUUAAGGAUUGUGGUCCUAAUAACAUCUUCACCUCCUAUCUUUUUUCCCUUCAAGUUAAUAGAUGAGCAAAUCCUCUGUGUACAUGGGGGCCUGUCUCCAGACAUAAAAACACUGGACCAGAUUCGGACUAUCGAGCGCAACCAAGAGAUCCCACACAAAGGAGCUUUUUGUGACCUUGUUUGGUCUGACCCAGAAGAUGUGGACACCUGGGCCAUAAGUCCCCGAGGUGCUGGCUGGCUGUUUGGGGCAAAAGUCACAAAUGAGGUAAGAAAACCCAGUUUCCCAACCAUGUCUCUGGCGGUGACUCUGGCCUGCAAUCAAAGUAUUGCCUGAGAAAGAGAAAUGAUGGGGAGUUUGAGACUGUGUUUGCCUCAGAGAACAAGUUUGCAUUUUGGGAACAGUUUUGUUUUAUGAUUCUGUUUUUGCUUCACACAACUGUUGCAUUUGAUAUCCUGUUACUUGCACAAGGCAAGUUAAGAUUGGGCGUGCCCAUUCCAUCUUUUUCAUGUUGCUGGGGGUACAAGAGCUAAUGGUACUAUUAUUUUGAUUAUAUCCCACCUGUUCUCCAAAGAGGUCAAGGUGACUGACAUAUGUGGUUCUCCCCCUCCUGAUUUAAUCCCCACCACAGCCCUAUAAAGGGACGUGGGCGGUGCUGUGGGUUAAACCACAGAGCCUAGGACUUGCCAAUCAGAAGGUCAGCGGUUCGAAUCCCCGUGACAGGGUGAGCUCCCGUUGCUUGGUCCCUGUUCCUGCCAACCUAGCAGUUCGAAAGCACGUCAAAGUGCAGGUAUAUCACCUUCUGGCGGGAAGGUAAACGGCAUUUCCGUGCGCUGCUCUGGUUCGCCAGAAGCAGCUUAGUCAUGCUGGCCACAUGACCCGGAAGCUGUACGCCAGCUCCCUCGGCCAAUAAAGCGAGAUGAGCGCCGCAACCCCAAAGUCGGCCACAAUGACCUAAUGGUCAGGGGUCCCUUUACCCUUUACCUUUACAGCCCUAUGAGGUAGCUUAAGGUGAGAGGCUGUGACCCACCCAAAGGCACCCAGUAAGCUUCAUGGCUGAGUGGAUAUUCAAACUCCCAUCUUCUAGGUUCUUUUCCAACACACUGCUAUAUAGUAUAAAUCUUGUGUUUGGGGGUAUUUUAUUGGAAAAUACGACACUGGUGUAGGAUGUCUGGAUACAGUAAUCAAAAUGGUUGCACUUCAUGUUACUUCAUAUUGAAAAUGCCUUAGUGCUGUGUCACUGCUGCCUGGUUUUGUUAACAUAUUCUUAAAGAUUGCGUUCGGCUUUCAGGAUCACAUUUUAAAAGCAUCAACUCUUAAGGAGAAACUGAGAGUUUAAGGGGAGAGAACAAGAGAGUAUUUGAAAGGAGACUUUAGUAUGAGAGAAAGAGCAUCGCCGCCUCCUGCUCUGUGUCUUUGUGCUGGGCUUCUGUAGUGUUGCCAUGGCUCCUUGUCAUUGGAAUAGAAUGCGUGUGUGUCCGUGCAUGUGUGUGUGUGUGCGCACACUACCUCCAACAUUUUUACUGUAAAUAUUUUCCUUAACUUCCUUAUUUUUUUGUUUACACCUUAGUUUGUCCAUAUCAACAACUUAAAGCUCAUCUGCCGAGCCCACCAGCUGGUGCAUGAAGGUUAUAAAUUUAUGUUUGAUGAGAAGUUGGUCACAGUGUGGUCUGCUCCGAACUACUGCUAUCGCUGUGGAAAUAUUGCCUCAAUCAUGGUAUUUAAAGAUGUAAAUACAAGGGAACCAAAGCUCUUCCGUGCAGUUCCAGACUCAGAACGUGUGAUCCCCCCAAGAACAACCACACCGUAUUUCCUCUGAGAUGUGGCUUUGCCCUUUUCUUUUGUGACAUACCCUUUUAGCACUUUGCUGCUGAAAUGCUGCCUCUUGCCUUUUAUAUACUUAAAUUAUCUAAAUGUGUUGUAUAUUGUCAAUAGGGGUGCAUAUUUAAAUCUUUCUCCCUCCUCUUAUCCCUACCUUACCUUACUUGCCAGCUUUUGAAAUGUCUCUGAGCACCCACCCACCUACCUACCUGUUUUGUAGUACUUGUGAUUUAUUUUUUUUAGUUCAGUUCUUUUUUUCUUUUCUUUUUUUCAAAAAAUAGGAACAUGCAUUUUCCAUUUAAUGAAAUAAAUCUGAACAGCAAAACAUCAGAACUAGUCUGAUCUUUCAGGGGGUUGACUUUGGGGAGGCUAUUGUUUUUAAUAAGCUCUUUAGAAAUUUCAGCAGCAAAGUUGUAUUUGAUGUGCAUGAUGGGACUGUCCGAGCCCUGCUAGUGAGUACAUUUCCAAGAUGUAAAAAAAAUGUCCUGGUUUAUAUUUUGCUUUAUCAGCAUAAAUAAAUGGUGUUAAUGGCUGCCCCUGAUCUCCCUCCACCCGUUGCUUUAUUUUUUUAGGAUUUAAACUAAAAUGCAAAACCUCGUACAGGUAAACGAAUUUGUACAACGAAAUAAUUGUUCUGAUUUUUCUCAGAUACUUUGUCUUUUUAAUAAAGUCAUAACUCAGUCUCUAGGUUAAGCAUUCAAAAUAAAGCCCUACAUUGUUGAUGUGAAUUCAUGUCUUUU